UGGCGAUAUGGCGUUAAUCUCAAUUUCAAGGUGUUUCUUGGUUACUUUGAGUGUUCUGUGUAAGAAUAAAAAAAUUUAACAUCGUUUUACUUUUUAUCAUUAAACAAAGUUGAAAAAUAAAAUAGUUUUAAGCUUAAAAGUGAUAAUGAUAUGUAAAAUCGAAAGAUUGGUGUCGAGAUUGCGACGAAUAUAGAUGAAAAGUUGGAGAUAGUACUGAUUGAAACAGUGAAUGCCUCUUAAGGAGAGGCCAGUGGCCUUACACUUUCAGUGAUAAAAAGAAAAACCAGAAAGAAAGAAAAUUAUGACAGAUAGCUGGAAAGAAACUAAAUUGCAAAUUUGUACUCCCUCAGUAAAUAAAUCACAGUCUUCCACUAGUUUUUCAAAGUUAUGUUCUCAUCCAAAGUUAAAAGUUGAGCAGACUUUAUCUGUUGUAACAGAAUCUAAUGGUUUGAAUUCAAAAACUGAUAAAGUAUCUCACGUAUCUAUUGCAUCAGAUAAUGAACAAAAUUUACAGGAAAAUCAGAAUAUAUCAUCUCUUAACUAUAAAGUUAUUCCUAUUGAAUGUACAGAUAAAAAAUUGAAAAACAAGCCAAAACAAUUAUCUGAAAUUAAAAACGGUCGAAAGUGGAAAUAUGCAAAUGUUGAACGAAGAAGGCCUCUUCAUCCUGAAUUUUUAGACUCAUCUAUAAAUGAAAGUGAAACAGAAAUAUCAAAUAGUAAUUUAGAACAGUCUCAAGAGAAUACAGAAGAAGUAGAAAAAUUUUCUGAUUGUGAAAAAAGUGGACAAUUUAAUACAGAUUUCCAAAACUGUGAUUCUUUUAAUGUCACAUCUUCAUCUAAUAUUAAAACAUGUAGUCAACCACUAUUUAAAGAAACUAUUGUGUGUAAAAGAAAAAUUCUAUCAGAAUCACCACUUUCAUGCAUUCACCAAAAACCAUCAGCAGAAAUUAGCAUAUCCAAACAGGAGUUUUAUGGUAAAAAAUUUAGUGAACAAUUUCAAGUUUAUGCUAAUGGAAGUUUUAACAAGGCCCCAAGUGGUUGUAAAGUGUUUGUAAUGGCUAAUAAUGCUUCUCGGAAAAUUCGAUCGUCAAAAGUGAAACAUCAAGAACCAGAAUGUUUAACAAUAUCCUCUGAUGAAGAAGAAGAAAAUUCUUCAGGAAUGGAAGCUACUACAAACACAAUAUCCAUAUCAGGAGUUAACAAAUUAGAACAGAAAGAUAUGUGUUUGCCUGAUUCAACAACAGGUGUGGAAAAUGAAAAUCUUGUAAAAGAAAAAUUGCUACCCUUUGAGAGUAUGGAAGAAGAUUCAAAUAAAGAAGAACAGAGGUCACUUGAAAAAAUUAGUUUAAAAUGUCGAAGCGUGAGAAUUGGUUCAUUCAAAGUACAACCUAUGUCUAGCAUUACUUCAAUGGAAGUAUGUGUUAAUUCUCAAGAUUUAGAAUUUCAUGUUCCAACUGUAAUAAAUUCUAAUGAAUUAGUAAAAGUGAUUCUCUCAACUGAAGAUAUCAUUAAAGUUCUUGGUCAUUUUGGUCAAUCAUUACCUGUAUUAUAUAUUUAUACUACACCUUCUUGUGGUUCUGUCAUCAGAAACGAUCUGAAGAUGAAUGUACAGACAGGUCCAUUUUAUGAUCCUGGUGGUGAAGAUGAAACCCAGAAAAGAAUAACAAUUCUACCUGAAUUUAUCACUAGUUAUCAAAAGGUAUUCUUUCGUCAAGUGUUUCCAGGAAGACUUUUGCAAGAAAUUGAUCAAAAAAAUGCUAAUGAGAUUCUUGUUAGAUCAACUCCACAUAAUCAACAGAUGAAAUCCAGUAUGAUCACUUCUGUAAUCACUCGUUCACAAGCAUCUAUACAAAUAUCAAUGUAUUCACCAAAGAAACCUGUUAUAAAGCUCCUUACCUAUCCUCCUCCACCACAAACUGGAGGUAUUACAAUUACAUCAGAAGAUUUAGAGUGCCUAAAUACUGGAGAAUUUCUCAAUGAUGUUAUAAUUGAUUUUUACUUGAAGAUUCAAGCAAAACGCCACAGUCAAGUUAAAACAUGGACUCGACACGUGGAUAUAUUUGAAAAAGACUUUAUCAUAAUUCCUAUUAACCAAAAUUCUCAUUGGUUCUUAGCCAUCAUUUGUUUUCCAGGUCUUGUACCUGAGAAAACUAUUACUGUAAUAAAUUCGAGUGAAUCACCAGCAGGAGAAAUGGAACCAAGUCCAUCACCUAGUCCGUCCCCAAGUCCAGCACCUAGUCCAUCACAGAAAUUUAGCCAUGUUUCAAGUCCAGCUUCUAAAAAUCAACAAAACAUUGGCUAUGUCGAUGAUGAAUAUCAGAUAAAUCCAAGAACUAAUGAAGAUCAAGAAAAUGAAAUAUCAAUGGAUUCAGAAUCACCAAUACCUCCAAAAUGUAAAAAUAUAGAAACUCAAGAAUAUCCAGAAGAACCUUUGCCUACCAGCAUGGAUUUUGAAGAAACAAGAAUAGAGAAAAAAGAAUGCAGUGAAAUUGAGAAACAACCAUGUAUUCUGAUGUUUGAUUCAUUAGCUGGACCUAGUCGGUGGAGGAUAGUUAGUACUUUGAGAGAAUAUUUAGCAGUUGAAUGGUGUACAAAAAAGGGAAAACAACGUAUUUUUGAUCGUGAUACAAUGAGAGGUUUCACUCCUAGAGUACCGCAACAAACAAAUUACAGUGAUUGUGGAAUUUAUGUACUUCAGUAUGUGGAAUCCUUUUUCAAGAAACCUCUCCAGAAAUUUAGUAGUCCUUUACCAAGUUUGGAGGAUUGGUUUACUGAAGAAAGUGUAAUGCAAAAACGUGAUGAAUUACGGACACUUAUACUUCAACUUCAAAAGGAACAGAUCGUUGGAAAUAAUGAAAUUUCUACGGAUUGUUUGGCUUCGACAACAGCUCCUACAUCAAAUAUUUGUUUACAGGGUGAAGAAAGUGAACAAAGAUGAAAAUAUUGUAUUAUAUUAAAAAUGGAAUUAUAUCAUGCAGUCCCUGCUGCCACUACAUCCAAGUGAGAAUUGUAUGUUCAAGAACAGCAGUAUAGCACCCUACACUUUUGUGAACUGUGACUGUUCCACUAAUAUUGUCUAGGACUCUGCAGCAAGACAGUAUUUCUUCGGUGUGUGCCAUACGUGAGAAUUCAAAUUUGUUUAUUCUGUAGACUAAUGUUGCAAAUUCUUAUCUGUCCAUAUACGAGCAGUAUUGAAAUAAUUUUCUUUAAAUGCAAAAGACAAAAAUAAGAAAAUAUAUGCAAGUGUAAAUUCUGUUGUUUAUUUCUUUUGUAUAUAGACAAAUUACUCAGAAAUAACAGUUCAGAAUCUCUCCCAACCAGCCCAUUCUAGUCUUGGCUUUGUCCAGUCUAGUUAACUGUUUAGCUUGUUUUCCAUAUUUCUUACAAAAUUGGACCUGUCAUUUUAAUUAGAAUUUAUAUUAUGAAAUUUUAGUUUAUGAAGUGUUUUUCAUAUAUAUAUAAAUAUAUAAAUACAUACAUUUUUGUGUAAAAAAAUUUACCUCAAACAUUCCUGAAUGACAUUAGUAAAUCUAUUUGAUAUGUUUUCAUAUGGGAAAUGUCAUCAAUAUGAAUUCUGUAAUAUAGAUUUGCUGCUUUAUAAAAACAAAAAUGACUA